AUGCAUGGAAGCUUCAAUUUAUGCAUUCCAGUGACUAUCGCCGACUUGAAACUGGUCCUCAUUCGAUUUCCGCUGCCUUACCGUGUCGGUGACACAGCACGUCCCAGAAACGGUGAUGAAAAGCUUCGGUGUGAAGCUGCAACCUACGCGUGGAUGCAGGACGAAUGUCCGGAUGUGCCGAUCCCUCAUCUCUAUGGAUUUGCGCUUUCAAGCGGCCAAUGUUUUACCGCAGUUGAGCACCGCCCUCUCCUUGUCCGUCUAUAUCAUCACCUCCGAAGCCUGUUCUUAUCUUGGCUCGGUCGUCCUGUCCCUUCUAACCUGGUUCCACAUAAAUGCGGUCUAUCAAAUGAGUUAGGCGGAUACCUACUCAUAGAAUAUAUCGACCGAAAACAAGGGCAGAUGCUAUCAAAUACCUGGGAAACUGGUCGGACGGAUGAUCGACUCAGGAAGAAUCUAUUUCGCAGUCUCUCACGUACCAUAUUGCGAAUUAGCCGGGUCGGUUUCCCUUGCAUUGGGUCAUUUAUCAUCGACGACCAAGGAUUUGUACGCUUAGAAAAUAGACCUCUCACCUUGGAGAUACAGGAUCUGGAGAAUAAUGGAAUCCCUAUCGAUAUUCCAAGAGAUCGGACAUACAAUACUGUCGACUCCUACAUCAAUGCUCUCCUAUCCUGUCAUGAUAAGCGCCUACACUUUCAACCAAAUGCGGUCCAUAACGGGGCGGAUUGUGCGGCCCAGAUGUCUGCUCUAACAAUAAUGAGAGCAGUACGUCAAGAAUUCUGCAGACCUGAGCUUAAUAAUGGACCUUUUUACGCUCGGUUAACGGAUACGACCGCCAAUAACCUAAUUGUGGAUGAGGAUUGGAAUAUCAAAUGUCUCAUUGAUCUCGAAUGGAUGGCAAUUCUCCCUUCAGAAUUCAUACAGCCACCCAGUUGGCUAACGAGUGAAGCUGUGGAUGAGAUUAAUGUUGAAGAAUAUAACAAGCGGCGGGAGGAGUUUAUGGAAAUCUUUGAAGAAGAGGAGAAACGUCUACCACAGGUGGAAAGCGGGGUACCUUACUCGUCGAUCAUGAAAACUGGCUGGGAUAUUGGAACUUUCUGGUACGUACUCGCUCUGAGAAGCCCUACUGGUCUCUACUCGGUCUUUUACGACAGGAUCCAGCCACGGUUUUGCAAGGAACAUAACGACGAUGUGCACUUUUAUACUUCCACCUACCCAUAUUGGACAUGUAAUGCCAAUGCAUUCGUGAAGAAGAAAGUCGAGGAUAAGGAAAUCUAUGACAAGAAGCUUCGCGAAGCGUUCAAGGUGCCCUAG